AUGUUCGUUAAUCACAUUUGGAGCUGUGGUGAUGUCGAGCGGAGAAGCGGAGAAGCGAAGAAACGGAAGAAGGAGGUUAGCAGGGAGAGUUCUGGGAAUGCCAAACUCUUUGUGGAUAAAGAUGCUAAGAAGAGGUAUGAUUCAUUCAUUGUUAAACGUCCUCUGUUAAUUAAGCGUGGUGUUUACCUUGAUGAGCUAGUAGGGAGGGUGGAUUCCCUUAAAAUACUUCGGGCUCGGAAAUGGGAACCUUUGUGUGAUGUGAAUGUGGAUGAUAAAACAUAUGUUGAACUGGUUAAGUUUUUUUAUGCAAAUGUUCAUGAGUAA